ACAUCCUUACAUAUAUGUAUUCAUCCUCAAACUGGGGUCACCACUGCUUUUGUUUUCUUCUACCAAAAAGUUGUCCAUAGAUAACAGUUUGUCAAAUCUUUAUACAUUUAUACAUAUCCCAACAAAACUUAGCAAACUGAAAUGGGUAGCAAUUCAGUAGGAGAAACAGACCAGCAUGCCAUUAGAAUUUGGGAAGUUAACAAAGAAAGAUUGGUGUCUAUGCAGAGAAAGAUCUCCGACACGCCGCGAUUACUAAGCAAAUCAGCCGGUCAUAGUUCAUGCUGCAUCUUCAGGGUCCCCCAAAGCUACAUUGACAUCAACUGCCUAUCAUACCAGCCUCAUGUUGUCUCAAUCGGUCCAUACCACCACGGCAAACAACACCUCCAGAUGAUCCAAGAGCACAAGUGGAGGUACCUUGACGCCUUAUUAAAACGGACGCAAAAAAAAGGCUUGGUUUUGGAGGACUACUUGAAGGCCAUACAACCCCAUGAAAUGAGUGCUAGAGAUUGCUACUCCGAAACCAUCCAUCUUGACAAAGAUGAAUUCGUUGAGAUGUUGGUUCUUGACGGAUGCUUCAUCAUCGAGAUGUUUCGAAAAUUUGGAGGAUUGGUAGAUCCAGACCCUGAUGACCCACUCAUCUCCAUGUCAUGGGUAUUACCAUUUUUGUCGAGGGACCUUGUUCGACUCGAAAACCAAAUCCCUUUUUUUAUAUUAAAGUGUUUGUUUGAUUUAACACAAAUGCCAGGCGAAGAGAAUGGCCGUUCCUUGGCCACACUAGCACUUGAAUUCUUCAACUACAUGACGCAGAGGCCAGAUGAAGUUCUCAGGAAGUAUGGUAACCACGAAGGCCGUCAUUUACUCAAUUUUCUUCGAACAAGUUUCAUACCAAAGGAUGAUCAGCAAUGGCAGCCUAGAGUCAUACGACGUUUUAGUACUCAUGGCUCAGCUGCAUCAACCAACCUCAUUCAUUGCAUCUCGAAGCUUCGCAGGGCCGGAAUCAAACUCGAGCACGUAAAACCCGAGAGCGCGAAGAGUUUCUUGGUAGUGAAAUUCAAGAAACACGGCGUGAUCGAAAUGCCAACCAUCACCAUAGAUGAUUUCAUGAGCUCCUUCAUGUUGAAUUGUGUGGCGUACGAGCAGUGUCACAAAGAUUGCUCGGGGUCCAUGCAUUUCACUACCUAUGCAACUUUACUAGAUUGUCUGAUAAACACUUCCAAAGAUGUGGAGUCCUUGUGUGACCGACACAUCAUAGAGAAUUACUUUGGGACUGAUGCUGAUAUUGCCAAUUUCAUCAACAAUUUGGGAAAAGACGUGUCUUUCGACGUAGAAUUGUGCUACUUGGCUGGGUUGUUCAACGAUGUCAAUGGGUAUUACAAGAAUAGUUGGCAUGUUCAGUGGGCAAGCUUUAAGUACACUUAUUUUGACACACCAUGGUCAUUUAUAUCAGCUCUUGCCGCAUUGGUACUACUAAUUCUCACUCUGCUUCAGACCUUCUAUACAAUUAUGGGUUAUGUUCUUCCCAAAUGAGAUAUGCAGAAGGAUUUCACUUUUUCGUUGAAAGUUUUUAUCUUUGGAUAUAUUAUAUAAAAUCAAAAUUUUGGCCGAUGCAUCCGCGAGGAGUAUAUUUUUAUAGACCUUUCUUGUUUGAUUUUUUUUUAAGUAGAUGAAAGUGCGAGUAAUUUUGCUGACGAUAUUAAUGUAUGAAAGCAAAACUUUUUGUUGAAUGAUUGUUUUGAAUGUUGAAAAGUAGAUGUAUUUGAUUAUUUUGGGCA